CUUCUUAAUUCACUUGUUCUGUGAUUUGUUUGGAUUUUGGAUGUUUAAAAAUGGCGUUGUUUAUAUUUGCAAAUUCAAAUUAUUGGCAAAAUGAUGACAUGAGUUUAAAUGCGUGAAAUGGAAAUACAUAAUUAUAUCGUGAUAUUUCUCAGCCAUAAGUCAAUCCAUUAAAACACUCAAACAAUGAUGAUGGAGAACUAAGAAGAAAGAAGCCGCUACUUCUGAAUAUUUUAAAAUGUAGAAAUGGAAGCUAAAUUGUGCAGGUUGUGUGGUAAAAUAGGAUCAGACUUCCUACAUAUAUUUAACACUGAUGGUCUCAAGAAAAAAAUUGAGACAUGCUUGCCUUUAGACGUAUCACAAUACUCUCUGCUACCAGACACAAUUUGCGGAGAAUGCAAUAAAAAUGUGAACAAUUUCCAUCAAUUUGUAAAAAAUGUCUUGCAAAAUACAAUAAUCCUUGAGACACAAUACAACAUUUGUGAAUCAUCUCUAAAAUCCAAACAAAAAAAAGAAAAAGGGUGCAUGACAGAUCUCACUUUUAUGACUAAUAAUAAAAUUGUACAAACUGAUGACUUUCUAGAUGUGACAACUGGGAAUAAUCAGAGUUUGGAAUCAUAUAUAAACACAUUUCCUAGCAGGGUAAAUUUUUUGAAAGAUACGAGACCUUCAUAUAUUCUUGGUAAAAUUGGGUUAGUAGAUUACAGUAUAGAAUCUGAUUCUUGUCAAUCAGAAAGUGAAAAUGAGGGUACUGUUAUUUUGGGAGAAAAAUUACUAACCCUGAAUAAAAUCAAUAGAUUGGUUGAUUCAGUGAUACUGAAUCCAAACAAGUUCUCUAAAAUAAGAUAUUCUAAUAGCUGUGUAAGCAAAUUGAUUAGUGAGAUUUCCCAAAGAAAGAAUUUAAAAAGAAAAAAUGAAGAUAUUGAACAAAUUAAGCCUAAGAUAUGUAGAUGGGAUAGUACAAAUAGAAGAAAGAAUAAGAUACCAAAAAAAUUAGAGUUUCCAGAGUCUGUGAUAGAUAAUUCAAUCUCUCUUCAGCGCAGUGGUGAUAGUAUUUUAACUAAAACGAAUGAUAUUGAAAAGAACUGUGAAGUGCCAUAUAGUAUUACCGAGAAUGCUAGUUUACCAGUUGUCAGUGAUACACAGAAUGUGAUGCCUCUUAGGUGUGCUCUUUGUGAUAACUCUUAUAAAAAACAUAAGGCAUUAGUGGCUCAUAUUUUUGAGAUUCAUGGAAUUGACAUAACUAGCUUAUCAUCAUUUGAAACUACUGAAUGGAUUGGUGAGAAGGCUAUAAGAAAAAUUCCUGAUUUGUUGAGGAUCUCUGAUUUAAAGAAAUGUGAUAUAGAAGGCAAUCAACAUAUUACUGAAGUAAAGUCAACACAACAGCAACUACUAUGCUUGUUCUGUCCAGCAAUGUUCACUGAAAAAGAUGACCUUUUACAACAUUUCCAAUCAAAACAUACCUUUGGCAACAAUCUUUCACAUCAGUCCAAUGCAUUGCAAUCUGAAACAACAAAGUAUAUUUGUCAAAUAUGUGGCUGUGGAAACGACAAUUUCCGAGAGCUGGAAAACCAUGUAUUGGUACACGAUUUCUUGAUAAAAGAUUGCAAAGAGCAAAUGAGAAUUUUCGAUCCUGCUGAUUAUAUACAUUGCAUUGACAAAUCCUCAAAAUUUUCGUGUACCGAGUGUGGAGCAACUGACUUUGAGACCUUUCAAGGUUUUAGCUCACACAGAAGAAGUAAACACCACAUAUUCCACUGUGAUUUAUGCAAUAAGUUCUAUGGGCGCAACUCACAUUUGUGGAAACAUGUCAACAGAUUGCAUAAAGGACACCCUAGUAUUACGUGUCAAAUGUGCUACAAAACAUCAGCUUCAAAAUACCAUCUUGUACAGCAUUUUAAUAAAAUGCACUUGAAAAAUAUGAAAGUAAACGCUGAAGGAGACCAAAUACAGAAAAUCAAGCAAGGGUUGAUUAAACAAGAAGAUAAAAUUACCAGUGAAAAUGAAGAUUCAACUGAGUAUUCAGACCAAGAUGAACCAAUGUUGGAACAAUAUGAAAUUAAGCAAGAAAUAAAGGAAGAACCCAAGGAAAUUGACUCAUCUCAUGAUCUGUAUACAAACAUCAUAACAAACUAUUCUCCACCUCAGAAUGAAGGAGAAUUUAAAUGUCCAAAAUGUUCCAAAGGAUUCAAUAAAAAAUUGAUGUUGAAGAAACAUAGAAAGAACUGUCGUCCAAGAUUGCAAAAGGAUCUCUUGACGAGGUGUAAAUCUUGCGCUAGAGUUUUCAAGGAUCGAGUUAGUUUAGCUAAGCACCUCGUCAACUACCACUCAGAGUAUGUCUGUGAAUUUUGUAAUCAAAAGGCACAGAGCAAGUGUGAAAUUGUGGCUCACAUACGUUUUCAACAUCCAAACUGCGACCUGAUCUGCAAAAUAUGCAACAAUAUCCUGAGAAGCAAAGACGACCUUCAUGAACAUUUAAGAAAUCAUUUAGAUUCGUAUAUCUGUCAGUUCUGUGCCGAUUCACUACCUAGCAAGAUUAAAUUGAAAAUGCAUAUCUUGAGCCUACAUCGCAAAAUUUUGAGUUUAUCCUGUGGCAUCUGCUUGAAACUGUUUGAAACCCAGCAUGUUUUAAAGGAACAUGUAGGAAUAGCACAUAAAGAUCAGUUGAAACCGUUGACGUCAUGCCCCGUAUGCGGCAAAAAUUACGGCUCAAAAUGGAAAACGUACGACCAUCUUAACAAAUCUCACGGAAGAAUUUUCAAAGCGUGCAAAACUUGCUUGGAGGUAUUUGAUAAUAUUGCUCAACUGCAGGCACAUUGUGAUGUCACGUUGCAUAGUCAAGGUGUAAAUGGCAAUGGCGCUAUGAAUUUUCUAAAAAGUACCAUGCUUUCUCUGAUGGGCGUAGCAGUGAAACAAGAAAAUGAAGCUAGUGAAAUGGAAGAAGUCGAAGAGAGCAACAACGAAUCUGGAAAUGAUGAUGAUGAAUCAGCCACCAUCACACAACCUCGGGCCACUCUAUCUCAAAACACAAAGAUGUCUCUUUUAGAGCAACGGCUUCUGGGCAAACCAUUAACCAAGCCAGAACCAAGCAACGCAAGCAAGGCUCCAAAAAACUCAAAAAGUGAACCAAAAGAAGAUGAAUCCCAGCACCCCUUAGUAAACUCCAAAAACAGAAUGGCUUACAUAAAUACAAGUAUUCAGGCAUCCCAAUUAGAAGCAAAAAAAGACCUAAAAGAAUACGAACACGAACAACCAGGAAUGAAUACCAAUAUUCAAAAAACCUCAAUAGAAACCAAAAAGUAUCAAAAAGAAGACGAAACCGCACAACCUGUGGUCAACUCUUCAAAAAGAACAGUCUACGUAAAUAGCAACGAUCCAUCAUGUUGCGAAAUCUGUUCCAAAACAUGGCCGGCGAAGAAACAUUUGUGGCAGCACUACAUCAGGUGCCACAAGGCAGAAGCGGCCACAGUUUGUGGCAUUUGUUUGAAGAUGAACAAAAGUUACGCGGCGUUGCAAGUGCAUUUGCUGCACGAGCAUCCCACAUUGUUGCAUGGACAAGGGUUCGGGUCGAAGUUUAUAUGCAGGGUUUGUGGAAGGUAUCACAAUGCCAGUUCCAAACUUCGUCUUCACAUGGUAAUCCAUGAAAACUUUGACUGGAAAUUGUUAGAAAACGUUGCAAACAUCGGCAAAGUAAACGAAAAUCCUGCAACAAAUGGACUGAAAGACUGCAAAAAUGAACCAAAAUCGCAAAGUGAAAACGGAAUAAACUAUGACAGUCUUAUAGAAGAAGUUGAAUGUUCAUCAGAAUCCCAGGCUGAAGAUUGUGAUGGAAGGUUGAAUAUAAAUAAGGAGGAUGAUUCUUCUUCGACUGACAAUGAAGAUAGUAAUGAUUCAGUAGAAUCUGCCAAAUCGUUACCCAAUGGAAAAUUGAAUGGUGCUGGACACCAGAGCUCGUCAAGCGAAGAUUCUAGCAGCUGUGUUUCCGAUACUGAAGGUAGCAGAACUGGAUCUUCAGCAGAGGGUAGGUCCACUUCAGGAUCGCAAUCGUCACAAUCUAAGAAAACCGGCGAACUAGUCGACUCAGAAUCAAGUGUAUUUGAUCGCAAAUCUGAAGAACUGGAUACUGCGAUUAAAUCUAUCAGCUACGAGAGUAUUGAUCAAGCCGAGUCGGUUGGAAAAGAUGACGUACAAAUGUUACCAAAUUGUCUUAAUGAUAAUGAGAUUGAAAGCGCUGUAGAUAGUAUUCUUUAAGUGUUUUUUGGUACUUGUUUAUUUAUUUUUGUGUGUCUUUUUGUAUCGUGGCUGUAAGAUAAGAUGACUUUUUGACGUAUGUCUGCAUGCGCAUUUUUUUAGUAAUACGGAAACGACGAUUCUUCGGAAUAAUGGAUGCGUAGCGUUCAAAAACAUACGAGGUCUGUAUCUUAAGUGAUGAGACUUAUUUUUUUAAUUUUUCUAUCCAAAUAUAAUUACAAUUUUUUAUUAUCACCCUCAAAAUGGCUUCCUUCUGAGACGGUUCUUCCACUCCUCAUUGCAGUGCUGGAACUCCGAUACUGGAAUAGCGUUCAGCUGGUCGGUUACAGCCGUUUGGGGAAGAGAAAAAGGUCACAAGAACUGUAGUUAGGCGAAUGAGGAGGCUGAGGAGCCACAUGAAUGUUUUUACUGGACAAAAACUUGUUUAUUGAAAUUGCUGUUUGACAAGGAGCAUUAUCGUGAUGUUUUUGAUCUGAUGAACAGUGGUGUGAGUCAAAUUUAGCUCUUUAGCUCGGUUCUUGAAGAUGAAAGCCUUCCGCUUCGGCCAACCAAAUGACUCAAGCGAGUUCAAACUUGUACUGAAGGCGGACCACAUGUUCCCCUGUCUCUCUCAACGCCCGGCGCCUCCAGUGUCGCCAGAUGGGACGCUACGUUGCCAUUAUAAAAUGACGUAGCAUCCGUUUUUCCUUAAAGCCGUCUGUUCUAUGAAUUGAUCGAUAGUUUUAUUUUUUCAUUGAAAUUUGAAAUCAAAUUCAUGCAGUUCUACAACUGAUUAUAUAAUUGUUUUGUGAUUGAAGGCCAUAUUUAGAUAUUUGUGUUGUGAGUUAAUUAGAUUUGUGUUAUUGUAAACAAAAGACUGCUUAAUGUUUUUUUAAAUAUCUUAUUAAUUGUAACAAAUAGGCUAGAAUAGGAUUUUAUUUUUGUAUUUGCCCUGUAAUAUUUAAAUUCAGUAUUUUGAAACAUUCCUC